AUGCCUCAACAGAAGAUUGCACUAACAAGAGACGAAGAAGUAGUGAAAACUCGACACCGCUUGGACCGUACGAUCCUCCACUAUCUUGCAGUCUUGAGGUCUGCCCCAGUGUCUUCACCGGACCUCCGCAUCCACCGCGCUUGCUACGUACUUCGAAGCGUCUUCUAUGCCUACCGCGAAGCUACGUGGAGCAGAUUCUGUGCCAAAAUUUCUCUUCCCACACGGUAUAACGGUCUCACCGUGAUUACUGAGGACUUGAUGAAGCUCGGGUGGAAGAACGGCUGGUUCGCAGAUUUUCCUCAGCAAUACUUUGUCGGCAACCUUAUGGCAAAGGAAAAGGUGCUGGCAAUCACCCCGUGCUAUGAUAUCGGCUUCUUGAAGAAGCUUGUAGAGCAACUGUUCACAGGCCUCGACGUACACAUCGAAGAAGUAAAAGUCCACCUCAAGCCCCUUGUCGAAUGCACCGUCAUCGCCCCAGAGCCCGGGGAAGAGUUCGACAUCGACUCGUACCGUACCCAUUGGUGCAUGCGCGUCACUCUACCAUCCACAGGAAAACAGACUGCUCUCGACAUCUCCGGUACGCAGUACGGUAUCUCCCAUGGUGAUAUGCCAUGGGAGUCGCAACUCGAAUUCUUCGUCGAAGACAUCCAAGCUGUAAAGCCACUGGGCACGCUUGAGGAGUAUGCAGAGGAGAUGGCACAAUUCAAGGAUACCGAAGGCCUCGAGUACAACGUUGCGGCCGGCGCGAUCAAAGCAUGGCAUCAGACUGUCGAUGCGGCGAUGGAGCGGAAGGGAUUGACAUGGGCGGAUGUAUUACAGAAACCGGAAGCAGACUACGAGAGACAUACAAAGAAGAUCUUGAAUGUAGGCACAAAGGCUAUGCAGAAGUAUGUUGCGAUUACAAAGUUGACGAAGAGGAGGCUUAAAGCAGAGAGAUAUGAGGAGAGGCAUGAGGACCAGUUGGAAGGAGAGGCCGAGGAGCUAGAACAGAUGUACUUGGAGUAA